UGCUGACUCAAGACGACUGUCAUGCCGAUAAGGGACCCCACAACACGACUGUACUUGUGCACGGAUAAUACAGGCCGCUGUUCAGUAUUAUUCAGGUCAAGUGCGUUGUUGUCAUCUGAAGGGUCAUAUGCCGUCGCCAUGAUAUUUUCCUGUGAGCCUCGUCCAUUGGUCGUAGCUAGAUUCAUUCGGUGAAAAGACCAAUUUGUUUGCUGAAUGAUAUGAACACAUUGAUUGUGUGAAAACAUAAUGCUGAAACAUCCAAAAUAGUGGCCAUGGUAAGAGAGGAGACCAGGACCUGCAACUCAGGCACAUUUUACUGAAGCUCAAAUUUUAUAUCGGCGUUUGCACUAUUAUAUCAGAGUGUAUGGUUUAAGGUGUCUCCUUGACCCGAUCGUCUGAUCAGCCCACACAAACUUGAAACACCUACCAUUCGCUUACAUGAACGUUCGGUGUCUAUGGUAUUCUGAGCCACAUAGCGCAGAUCUAGAUUCUAUGGUUAAGUGCAAUUGUAUUCCAAUUCAAGAAAAUAAUGAGACGAAAAUACUAUUUACUUGGGACUUUUGUAAUUAUCAUGAUUAUCAUUGCUUUCAUGAAACGUAAACCCACAGAUAGACGGGAAUGGGACCCGCAUUAUCUAAUUAGUAAACCCCGUAAAGGAGGGGGACCGUAUGUGAGACAUUUUCAUGGAAACAUUAGACGCGGUGCAGUACCCCAAGUAUCAAUACUUCUGUGGACGCCAUGGUUCAAGGAUGUCAAUUGGGCGGCGAAUUUCUCAACAAUAUUCGAUAUGUGUGAUUAUAAAUGUCAUUUGACCAAGGACAAAACACGUCUGCGGGAAAGUCAAGCAGUUUUGUUUCAUGCUCAAGACUUGGACAUUCUGCCCCUGCAUCGCCUAUCAAACCAAGUGUGGAUAUUUCAUACUAGAGAAGCUCCGCCGAAUGCAGCAGACAAUUUUGACAAAUAUGCCAAUAUUUUUAACUGGACCAGUACAUAUAGACGUGACAGUGAAGUGUAUUCCUCAUACGGUGGAACAUUUAGAAGAGAAUUUCCUAAUCGUGGUGUGAAAAACUUCGCAAGCACAAAAAGCCUCGGUGUGGCAUGGGUAGCGAGCAAUUGUAAUGACCAGGCGAAACGGGCAAACCUUGUGAGGGAACUGAGGAAAUUCAUUCAUGUUGACACCUUUGGAGACUGUGGUGAAAUGAAUCUCAAAGCAGACAAAACGGACCAAGUAUUGAAACACUAUAAGUUUUAUCUGGCCUUUGAGAAUAGCUACUGUCGCGACUAUAUCACAGAAAAAUUCUGGUCGUCCCUGCAUAGACACCAGAUACCUAUAGUAUCGGGAGGGGGUGAUUACACUCGCGUUGCCCCACCACACUCCUUUAUCAACGUUCUAGAGUACCAAAGUACAGAGGAACUGGCAGAAUACAUCAAAUAUCUAGAUCAAAACGACCAAGCUUAUAAUGAAUAUCUUGAGUGGACAGGAGAAUAUUAUGUAAAGAAACUAAAUCUGGACUCAGUGCUGUGUGAUAUUUGUACAUCACUCCAUAUUGAUAUGAGGACUUCUCAGGUAUAUACUAACCUACAAGGUUAUAUGGAAGAUGACAUCUGCGGUAGAUAGUCCUACCUUUGAUAUCAUUUGCGCGCCAACGAAAUGAUUACAUUGAGAUAUGAACAACUGAAUAGCUAUAUAUUGAUUCAUGUAUUAUUCACAAACCAGCUUUCUGGAAUAAACCUGAUUAGUUUGUCAAUCCACGAUA